AUGCAACAGACCCAACAACAGCAAUCAGCGUACGGGCGCGCGCCUGUGCAAACAUCGGCACAGGCGCAAGCGCAGGCACAAGCACAGCGGAUUCGCGCAAGGAAUCACUAUGAUAUCCUAGUAGGUGAAGGAUUCCGCGGCACAAAGAGGGACCGCCCUACGGAUCGUAGCCUCCCACCUUCUUUGAAGCGCCAAGUGAAGGAGAGUGCCAUUUACAAUGACCUCCAGCGCAUGGAACGUAACCUUGAUUGGACGUUGGCACGUAAACGGGCCGAGCUGAUGGAUUCUAUGGGAAAGCCCCCUAAGGUGAAGCGCACUUUGCGUAUUUUUUUGAGCAAUACCUGUGCGAAUCAACCAUUCCAAGUCGCUGAGAAAAAUCAACAGAAGCGCGAGGCGAAUGAUGAUGCUGCGGGUGCAGAUGGCGAUGAAGGCGACGAUGAUGAGGCUACCACGGCACCUCAAAAUACGUCUGGCGCUGGCUCCGCGGAGCAAGAGCAACAUCAAAACGAUGUGCCGUCUUGGACGCUGCGCAUCGAAGGCCGUCUCCUUGACCCUAGCUUCCGUUCGCGUGCAGGCGCUGCAUUGUCGGCGCAUGCUACGACAGGACGUAUUGGUGCUCACAAGUUUAGCAACUUGAUUAAAUCAUGUGUCGUUGAGCUACAUCGUGAUGCCAAUUUGUACCCGGAUGAAUCUCUAGGUACGAGUAACAUUGUGGAAUGGCAUCGUCCUUCGCCCAGUAUCGCCCCGCAGCUGCCUGUGCCAGGUACAGGUGGUAGCACAGUGACAGAGAAUCCACUUAUCCACAGUGCCGAACCUGCCUUGGAUGGCUUCGAGAUCAAACGGACGGGUACAGAGCCUGUGAAGGCCAAGAUUGUUCUCUACCCUCUCUACGUGCCCGAGCGCUACUCUGUCUCGCCGCCCCUGGCCCAGCUGCUGGACAUCCAGGAAGAAACGCGUGCUGGUGUGCUCAGUGCCCUUUGGGCCUAUAUCAAGCAGCACAAUCUCCUGGACGAGAACGAUCACCGUGUUGUGCGUCUGGAUGCGCCUUUACAAGCUUUGUUCCGUACCCCCACCAUCAAUUUCCACCACAUACCCGAAGUGUUGCAUCGCUUCUUGCACCCACCACAGCCUAUUGUUUUGGAGUACUAUAUUCGCACGGACAAGGCGGAGCAUCGUCAUCCUACCGCCUACGAUAUCGAAUUGGAUAUGGACGAUUGGGCAUUACGGACACGUCAGCACAACGUGCUGUCUCGCUUUGAUGCGAAUAGCUCUCUGAGCAACGAAAUUGCAGCGCUGGACGAUCAAAUUGCCCAGGCCGCUCUUACGAUUCGGAAUCGUGCAGCUGCACGACAAUUCCUUUCGUCAUUUGCAGAAGAUCCGCAUGGUCAUUUGCAUGCGUGGAUCGCGAGUCAAGCUCGUGAUCUUGACACAGUGCUUGGUGCAUCGCAAACAGGAACAGGCAGUGAAGGUGACGCCAGCUCGUCUGUGCACUUUAGCUCGGAGGAGAUGCGUCGUGCAGAAACAUUCCAAGGUGCCUGGAUCAAUGAAGCUGUGAUUGUUAGCGAGUCGCAGCGGUUGGCGGAGCGUUUGCAAGAACUGCAGUCUGACACAGUGCGAACGAGUACACAGGCAUGA